CGACGCGUAUCGUCCUACGGUACAUUUUGACAACUCACUCGUAACCGAGCUUUACUAUUCGUUUGCGUCGUCGACCUUCCACCCUUUUCUACAAACGCCAAAAACUUGCUCACAUACCCCACGCAGCGGGAAUACUCCGCCUUCACCAAACGUAGCGUUUCCACAGGGAACCCACAGAUUCGGCUUAUAAGACCAUGGCCGCUGCCCUCGAAUGUUUCUACCAGCAUUCGGACUCGCCCGUCUACCCAUCUCUGGAAAAUAACCAAGACCUCUUCUCUGGGUUUACAGGCCCCAGACUCGGCCCGACUCCCACACUUGUUUCGCCUUUCGAGACGCCAGACGGAUCAGACAUGACAGACGUAGAUACACGGAGUGAGGGCUCGGUAUACGGCAAUAUGAAGAUCGAGGGUCGCGAGAAUGUCGUCGAGGAAACAUCUGGCAACCAUUCAACAGCCUCCCGCUCUUUCCAUCGUUCUGCAACAUCUGAUAACGUUGAUACCGGAUCUUCAGCAGACGCUUCUCAAGUUACUGGAGCACAGGAUAAAUCUUUGGGCGUAAAUGCUGUCACUUCUAAUCACAAUGUGAACAAGGGUGCAAUUGGGGGAGCGAUCGUCACCACCCUGCUGCUGAACUCCGAGGAGACUCUCGACAGUAGUCGUUCUUAUGUCAAGGAACCAGUAAAUGGCUCGAUCGAGUCUCGAUCGCUCGAUGACUGUGAGCCGACCGAGCCUUCCUACGACAGCGUACCGGGAAUCGACAGCCAGUUCAAUAAUCAAAAUGAAGUCUUGGCUUCGGGUGAGAGCGUCGAGUUUAAAGACGUUGCGAAGAAGCAGGAUCCCAUGGUAGAAGAAGACUCUGCUGGCGAGGAUGCGGUUGUUCGCACGUCACUUCAAACUACUACAUCGUUGCUUGGAAAGACGCCUCGAUCGGGGGAGUUUUACGGUGACAUGGACGGCCAUCACCAGAAUGCAAGACACGCGUACGAGUCCCGAACCACGCUUGAACCUUCUGCAGAGACCAUGACGCCGAGUCAAGGUAUCCAUGCAUCAAAGUACUCUCCGACGGCACCGCAGCAUAACCGAAUGCCCCACGCAGGCCCUUUUGUGCAAAGGUUUGAGCACUUACCUCGCGCUCCGCGUAGAAUGCAAUUUGGAAACCAGCCGCAACAUGAUCGGACUGAUCCUAGGGAUGAUCCUCGCAUGGUGCAGGCUCAACUACGGAAGGUUGAACAGACCCUGGAUGACGAGCGAAAGGCCCACAAGGUUGAGCUUGAUCGAACUGAAGGCCGCGCGCGAGACCGUUAUGAGAAAGCGCUUCAGCAGAUUACGAGCGAAAUUCUAGGUCAACGUGCGGCUCUGAUUCAACAGACCGUACAUCUAAAGGAGUACGAACUGAGUCUGAAUACUCGGGAAGCUCUGAAUCGAAAGAUUGAGCAUCUUCUUGCCGUUGGUCAGAAGCAGUCUGCCGGCGCAGAAGCAGACGCGCAGGACUUGGAUACGUUCAUCAACGUCAACGAAGAAAUUGUCCGUGAGAAAGUUAUCUAUGAGAUCCGUCGUCAUGAUCGUCAAGUCGAUGCUCAACUCGCUAUCAAGAGGGAGAAGCUGAACCACCGCGAGGCCACCAUCGACAUGCGCGAGAAAGCAUACUCCACCAUGUACAAGACACAAGUGGCCGAUAAACUUCAAUUAGAUAUUCGUGCCGAACUAGAGCAAGCAAUACUUGCUCGGGAGAGCUCCGAGUAUGAGCGUGGCCUCGCAAAGGGGAAGGCUUUGGGGCACGCGGAAGGCAACGAGGAACUGCGGCAGCUUUGGUACGACAAAGGUUUCGCUGCUUGCCACAACAUGAUUGAUCGCAUGAAGCGGUUCCAAGCCGGCUUGUUGGCUCACGAUAGCCCUGAACUUUCCUUUUUGUUCGAUCAGAGUCAUCCGGACAACCCGUUCCUGCGUGGCCUGCAGAUUGGCCGCCGCGAUGUAGCAGCGUCGUUGAAGCCAUCUUCUGCACUGGAUGGUGCCGCAGACCAGACCACGCGAGUCCAACCAGGUGCUGGCUUUCCUGCAUCAGCCCGCGACUCGCAGCCCCCCGGCCUUGCUGCCCGUCACGAUUAUACCACCGCGAACGGCAAUGCAGACGAUAUGCCUGAACUAUCUCAUCCAUAUGCGCACCUCAGCGGACGAACCAACAGCCAGGAGAUCGGACUCGAGAACGGAGUCAGCGACGCCCGGUCUGCCCCUGAGCACUAUGGCGGCCCGGAUCGCGGCCUGCCAAAUGUCUUCGGAAUGUCCUCAAAAUCUGAUCCACAUGCCUUUGCGUACACUAACGGCAAUGAUAACAUCGGCACCAAUGGCCAUACCAAUGGAGCGAACGGAUGUCGCCCACCUCCUAAUGCCCUUCAGAACGGCGUCGAUCUUUACAGUACGCCUGCUUCUCGCGCCGACCUCAGCCCUCAAGCAGACCCUUCUUUCGGCGUCCCCAUGUACGGCCCAAGGAGGGCGCCUCGUCUUCUCUAUCCCUCCCUCUAUUCUCAGCCGCCGCAGACUCCAACGACCAACGGCGCCGUCACGAAUGUCACCGCCCCGACCGGUGAUUGCGGAACCAGCAGCGCUGGCCGGCCGCACGUCAAUGUGCCCACCUUUCUGUCCGGCAAGCGUCUGCUUACCUACGGUCGGGUGGAGGGCGAGGAUGAGAGGGUGCACAAAGCUGAUACACAGGUCGAUUUGAUUGAUCUGUACUAGAAGCGAGACUGGCAAGCCAUGGUCGCUACAGAAACUAGCAGCUUCGGUUGUAGUCAAAUCGAGCACACCAAUGGCUUGCUCUAAUCCCUUUGUCGCCUUUGCCCGCGUGAAGGCA